AUGGCCUGGGAAGACGCUGCCCAAGGAGGAAGAGAAGAGUUUGACAUCCGGCAGCUGCAAAGGGCUUUCUCGGCCAGCCUCUCCCCCCGGGGGGAGAUCCUCCUCCGAGAAUACCUCCAGGGCUGGAGGCAGCUGCUCAAGUUCCUGGAGGCGCUGGGCACGGCCUUCGGGCUGAUCUCCCGGGAGACGGAGUCCAAGAUCGGCAUCCUGCAGCGGCACCAGGAGGGGCCGCACGGCCUCCACUACCGCACGGUGCAAUCCAUGGUGGCCUUUGAGCUGUCCUCGGGCCUGGUGGGCUUCCAGUCCCUGCCGGCCCACCAGCCUCCCUCGGGCUGCCGGACGCUGCUGCGCCUCCAUCGCGCCCUGAAGUGGCUGGAGCUCUUCCUGCACAAGCUGGGCACCAGCCCGAAGGACGGGAAGCCCUCCCGGAUGUGCGCGGAGGCCUACCGGGUGGCCCUGGCCCCCUACCACAGCUGGUGGGUGAAGCAGGCCGUUGCCCUGGCCUUCCUGGCCAUGCCCUCCCGCCAGGAGCUCUACCGCAUCAUCGUGCGGGGGGAGAAGCCGGCGGCUGUCCUGGCCACGGUGGAGAGCCUGGGCCGGGUGUACAACAUCACCCAGGAGGUCUACUCUGCCCACGGGAUGCUGGAGCUGCCCUAA